GUGCAGUACAUCCACCUUGGUGUAACACGACGUUGACGCUUUCGUCUAUUCUUCUUGCUUCGCCUCUAGUGCGCUUUUGCGCUUUCGGGAAGAAUUUUUCAUCUCGUACUAGCACUGAAGAAAGCCACAUCUUUUUUGAAGAAAGUUUAACUAACUUUGCACGCGAAAUGGUCAGGGAAAUAGCAACGCCCUAUGUAGCCUUGGAAAAAGAUCUUCGUCAAGCUCAUCGUUUCGUUUGUUUUGGAGGAAGAAAAAAUGAAGAAGAAAAAGCAGAACUGCAUCGCCUCAAGACAGCCAAGAUUGCAACAGCCUUGAGGAAGUCCUUGCUCAGAAGUGGAAGCGGAGAUCGUGGCCGAGAUCAUUUCGAUUUGCGAGAAUCAUCUUCAUCUUCAUCUGGUGGACGUGGAGAUGACGCAGAGCAGCUUUCAAUUUCAGCAGGUGGAAGCAGUACUAGCUGCAACAAUGUGCUCUCGGAGUUCAUAUCAUCAUUAUCUUCGUCAUCCUCGUCUGAUGCUGGUGUUGAGGUCCCUCUUCGUCGAGAUGUGACUGCACAAAAUUUGGUAGAAGACUUGCGAUUGGCGCUGUUGUGGGUAGAGCAGCCCGUAGUUCACAAGUUGUAGGGCCAGCAAAUGACAGAAGCAAGUUUCUUCAACAGAGAAGUUUUCUAAAAGAUCGUUUGAGGACGCGAUAUUCUAUUAAGGGUACAAGAACUCCAUUUUCACUGUGAUCUUGGUCCCGUUUUUAAAGGGAAAAGGAGACCCAAGAUGCUGCUGAGGAUGGACUUCCAUUAGUUCUAAUUCUCUGGAAAGAUGAGUAAAAAAUCAACACAUGAUCGCGUAGUGUGCU